AUGGUUGCUGUUGAAGGAGGGAGGAGAGUACCGUACUUACUUCGCACUCCACUGUCACGGAGAUACAGUGUUGGGCCAAACCCAACCUCCCAAACCCACGCCACAAUCAAAGCAACUUCGCAGCUUCCUUUUUUUGUCUCCACUCUCACCUCUCUUCAAAAAUCACGCUGCUGA